AGCAGCAACCCCAGCAGCAACCGCAGCAGCUGAAGCAGCAGCCGCAAAAGCUGCAGCAGCAACCGCAGCAGGAACCGCAGCAGAAACAGCAGCAGCAGCUGCCGCACCACCGCCGUGAAGAAGAGACGAUUCAGCAGGAGACUGCUGAACCACAGAAGGAACAAAGACCACGCCAGCAGCAGCUGCAGCAGCAGCAGCUGCAGCAGCAGCAACCGCAGCAGCAACGGCAGGAGAAGCCGCAACAGCAGCAGCUGCAGAAGCCGCAGCAGCAGCUGCAUCAGCAGCAGCAGAAGCCGCAGCAGCCGCUGCAGCAGCAGCAGCAGAAGCAGCAGCAGCAGAUGCAGCAGCGAAGGCUAUCGGAGUCUUCAGCUGAUGAUGAAGAAUCAGAAGAGUUAGAGGAGGAGGAAGAUAAGCUGUCAGCAGCAGCAGCAGCAGCAAAGGCGACGAGAGAUGCAGAGUCAACGACAAGAACAGCAGCAGCAACAGCGGCAGAAGCAGCAACAUCUUUAGAGGAGGAAGACGAGGAACCUGCCUUGGUGAGUGAAGGAGCGGCUGUUGAAUCAGCUGCAGAAGAGUCUGCAAAAGCAGCAGCUCCUGCUGCUGCUGCUGCUGCUGCUGAUGAUGAUGAUGAUGAUGAUGACGCAGCAAAAGAAGAGACAACUGAGGCUGAAGAAGAGACAGACAAGGAGACAGAAGAAGAGAUGCCAACUCUGCUGCCUGGUGCACCCCACGCCUUCCCGAUAUUUCAGAAGCAGCAGCAGUUGCUGCUGGAGCAGCAGCAGCAGCAGGAGACGCAGGCACAGGAGAAGGAGGCGCAGCAGCAGCAGCAGGAGAAGCAAGACGAGCAACACCAGGAGGAUCAGAAGCAGGAAGAACAGCAGCAGCAGGAGGAGGAGCAGGAGGAGCAGCAGCAGGAGGAGGAACAGCAGCAAGAAGAGCAGCAGCAGCAAGAAGAGCAGCAGCAACAGGAAGAGGAGCAGCAGCAGGUGUCUAGUUGGAACUUUGGUGCUGCAGUAUGUGAGACUACAGCGCAGCUAACGAGCACCACAACUGCUGCUCCUUCUCGUGCUGCUGCUGUCUCCUUUAGCAGCAACUACUGCGAAGCAAAAGAGACAGAUUAUUUCGGCCACGACUUAGCCCGUCUUGCUGCUCUCUCUUCUCAUCAAUGUCAGCAGCAAUGCAGAGACACUGAAGCUUGUGCAGGGUACACCUUCCUCCCGCUGCAACGCAUCUGUCUCCUUAAGUGGUUGCUGCUGCCUCGUCCUGUCCCUGCUUUCAUCAGUGGGCCUAGGUGCUGCCCCUCCCCUUACACGCACGACCAGCAGCAGCAGCAGCAGCAGCAACAACAACAGCAGCAGCAGCAGCUGCAGCAAGGGGACGCUGCAACAAAGAAUAAGGGAGACGUUGGACCAGACAACGCGUUGCCUGCUGCUGCAGAAGCAUCAACAACAGUUGCUUCGGCACCUUCCCCAGCCUCCUCCAGCAGCAGCAGCAACAGUAACAGCAGCUGCAACAGCAGCAGCAGCAGCAGUAUGUAUGAGUGUCCUGCUGAGAGGCCUGCACUGUGUCUGUGGCCGGGAAAGGCUUUGAUAGAUAACGAUUUAGGCCCCCCAAUAGAAGACAGCAGCAGCGCCAGCAGCUGCGCAGCAAUCUGCAGCAGCAACAUUAGUUGCUGGGCUUGGGUUUACCGCGGGUCGCCACACCACACCUGUCAGCUAAAGCGACUUCCUGCUGCUGCUGCUGGUGCACUUGCUGCUCGUGCUGCUGCUUCUGUUAAGGGUAUUGCAAACAGAGUUGUUGUUGAUGUGACUUCCCCUGCUGGUGCAGCUGCUGCAGCAGCAGCAGCAGCAGCUGCUGCUGCUGCGGGGAAUGCAACAGCAGCAGAAGCAGCAGCAGCAUUCAGCUUGCUGGAGACACCUGGGGAGCGCCUCCAGAGGAGACAAAAUAUACGCUUAGAGGUGGAGAGCCACUCUUUACUUGUGCCGUUUGCCUAUGCAAUAACAGGCUUAGCUGACUGUCCCCUUAGAGGAGACAUUAAGAGGGAGUCGAGACACCGCAGAAGGGCGCUGCUGCUGCUGUUGCGCAAGCAGCAGCAGCAGCAACAACGCAUGCGAAAGGCAGCAGAAAGAGCCAGAGAAAGACAAGAGAGACUGAGGCAAAGAAGACAAAAUAGACGAACAGCAAAACAGUUUAAACGCCAGGAGACGCUGCAGCGGAGACAGCAGCAAAUGCAACAUCACAAGCAAAUGCAGCAACAGCAGCAAAUGGAGACCGAGCUGGAAGAGCAGCAACAAGAACAGCAGCAGCAGCAGAAACUGCAACUACAUCAGCAUCAACAGGAGACGCCCCAGCAGCAACCACAACGCCCGCAGCAGGAGGAGGGGCGGCAGCAACAGCAGCAGCAGCAGCAGGAAGAGCAGCAGGGGCAGGAACAGCAGCAGGAAGAGCAGCCGGGGCGGGAAGAGCAGCAGGGAGAGCAGCAGCAGCAGGAGCAGCGGGAAGAGCAGCAGCAGCAGCAGCAACUGCAGCUUGAGACGCCCCCUGGCCUCGAUAUGCAGCAAAACCAAUCGGGUGGGUCUUCUGCUUCGCUCGGGCAUCUGCUGCUAAGAAACGUGCAGCCAGACGAUCUGCAGCAGCAGCAGCAGCAGCAGCCGCCGCCGCAGCUGCUGCAGCGAUUCAGGCCGCUGGAGGUAAAGCCGCUGGCGAAGCUGCUGCAGCCGCUCGUGCCUCCGCAGCAAACGCAACAGAGGCUGUUGCUAGUGCCUACCGGAUUGCAGCAGCAACAGAAGCAGCAACAGCAGCAGCAGCAGGUACAGCAGCAGCAGCAGGUACAGCAGCAGCAGCAGGUACAGCAGCAGCAGCAGGAGGCUUCGCCGCUGCAGACCUUCGGCAAUCUCCAGCAGCAGCCGCUGCUGCGUCUUCCUUCUCUACUGCCUUUCAAAUCGCCGUCCGAGAGGCAGCUGCAGCAGCAGCAGCAGGAGCAGCAGCAGCAGCAGCAGCAGCAGAUACCCAACAGUGAGGAGAAGCCGCACGUUCCCCUGCUGCAGGGAGUGCUGCAGGAGCAACCCACGAAGCAGCAAACAUCGCUGCUGCAGCAGCACCAACAGCCACUGUCACUGCAGCAGCUUCUAUCUGGAAUAGCCUUCGGGAAAGAACCGCAACCACCGCAGCAGCUCAUAGAUUACCACCAGCAGCAGCAGCAGCAGGCAUUGCUGCAGCAGCAGCAGGCAUUGUUGCAGCAGCAUGCACAUCUACUGCACAACCCGCUUCUCCCGCUCUACCCCAUUCGACAGCAGCAGCAAAACCCGAUGCUGCAGCAACAACCAUUGCUGCAGCAGCAACAACCAUUGCUGCAGCAGCAACAACCAUUGCUGCAGCAGCAACCGCCCCAGCUGCAGCAGCAACAAC